UAUCAUUACAGGAUAUCAACAUGAAAAAAGCAUUCAAGAGCUCAACAAUUCAAGAUCAGCAGGUAGUUUCAAAGAACAGCAUUCCUAACCCAGUGGCUGAUAUUUAUAAUCAGAGUGACAAACCACCACCUCUGAAUAUUCUUUCACCUUAUAGGGAUGAUAAGAAAGAUGGAUUGAAAUUCUACACUGAUCCUUCUUACUUUUUUGAUCUUUGGAAAGAAAAAAUGUUACAAGAUACAGAAGAUAAGCGAAAAGAAAAGAGACGACAAAAGGAGCAAAAGCGUAUAGAUGGCACCACCCGUGAGGUGAAAAAGGUUAGAAAAGCCAGGAACAGACGCCAGGAGUGGAAUAUGAUGGCGUAUGACAAAGAGCUUAGACCUGACAACAGGUUGUCUCAAAGUGUGUACCAUGGAGCAUCUUCCGAGGGAUCCCUGUCCCCAGAUACUAGGUCUCAUGCGUCUGAUGUUACAGAUUACUCCUAUCCUGCUACUCCAAAUCAUUCCCUCCAUCAGCAGAUAGCAGUGCCAUCCUAUGGAGCAGGAGAUGGCCCGCAGUACAUGGCAGCACCCCAGAGCCAUGAGCAUGACUACAGACCUCCCUCCACCACUGUACGACACGCGACUCUAAACAGACCUCAGCAGCCGCCGCCGCCGCCGCCCCAGCCCUCGGACGGGCAGCACAGCUCAGCACCUGUGGCUCCAGCAGAGUAUGGGAUGCUUCCAGCUCAGAUGGUGGAUUAUUACAAUCCUACAGGUCCUCCCCCUCCUCCUCCUCCCCCUAUGAUUCCGUCGGCACAGACUGCGUUUGUUAGUCCCCUUCAGCUUCCUGUGCCACCUUCCCAUUCUGGACUGGUGACCGGCUCCACGUAUGCAGCUACUCAUCCUCCUCCUUCUAGUGGGCUUGUUGUCACUGCUCCUCCUCCUCCCGGCCCUCCUCCUCCUCCACCAGGCCCUCCAGCUACAGGCUCAUCCCUGACUUCCUCCCCACUGCACGUUCCUCCGGCUGCAGAGGCAAAGCGUCACGAGGCUGCGCAGCCACCGAUCAGCGACGCACGGAGUGAUCUGCUGGCUGCCAUCCGCAUGGGAAUCCAGCUGAAAAAGGUGCAGGAGCAACGUGAGCAAGAAGCCAAGCGAGAGCCAGUGGGAAAUGAUGUGGCCACCAUCCUCUCAAGACGCAUUGCUGUGGAAUACAGUGAUUCUGAUGAUGAUUCAGAGUUUGAUGAGAACGACUGGUCAGAUUGAGCCUGGUCCAGGCCCAGUGGCAAGUUAAUGAAAUACUUAGCUUCAGUGAUUAUCUUUCUUAGCAAGUUGUCAAGGAGGACGUUGACAUGUAUUAAGGCUAGUGAUCAAAGUGCUAAAAUUGGAUUGGUCUUAUUCAGAAUGCUGUAGCUUAGCACCUCUGGUAAUAAUGAUGUGACUGCUUAUACAGAUCAGAAACUUGUCUUACUUUCAGUAUUUACCACAUAAUACUUAAGUGCCACUACAUGUAGCAAGUCAUGUGCUGCGUGCAAAAUAUGCUGCAGUUGUUGCACUGUUACAGAACCAGCGUUUUAUUUUACUUUCCUGAUCCUGAAGGGAUAAAAUAUAUUUUUUU